AUGUUUGAUAAUGAUACAUUUUCAACAACAACAACAACAACUACAGUACGAACUACCCAUGCAAAAUAUGUAAAAAGUCCAUUUGAAUCAAGAUAUAUUGGUGGUAUUUUCUUUAUGUUCAGUGUUAUGUUUGUGCUACUUUAUGGAAAUUUUUAUCGUACAAAUACUCUUCAGAUGUUAUGGCAUCGAUUAUUAGUAAAACUUCAUCUUGCACAACCAUCAUCACAACCUAUUCAUACAUCAUCACAUGCUGUUAUUGAUAGACUUUCUAUUUAA